AUCCAUUUAUUUUUUAUUUUAUUUUAUAUUUUUUCCACACAAACAUUUUUUUAUAUACUCACAGGCAAAUGCUCGCGAAAUCAGCGCGGCAAUUGCCGUCGGCCUUUCAGCAGCUGCAUCAGGCAAGGCGGUGGCUGGCAUCAACAGCAGCAGCGCAUAAUCCGCGGCAACGACGUGCAGCCCAGCCAAGCUUCGGAAACUACCAGCGCAUUGUACCCACGACCCUCGUGCCGCGCAAGCCAGCGCCCAAGGAGCCCUCCCCGCUGCUCGUGCCGCGGCGCAUCCUGCGGCCCAGCUACGCACGCACCGGCGAGCCGCCCUCGUGGCCAACAGAGACUCCAAUUCUGGCGGCGGCCGAAAUCCCACUGUUGCGCGAGGCAUCGCGGAUCGCGCGCGACGCCCUAGCUCUUGGCGGCCGGCUGGUGGCGCCCGGGAUGACGACGGCCGAGAUUGACCGGCGCGUGCACCAGUUUAUUGUCUCGCAGGACGCGUACCCGUCGUGCCUCAACUACAUGGGGUUUCCGCGGUCGAUCUGCACGAGCGUCAAUAACAUUAUUGCACACGGCAUCCCCGAUGCCCGGCCGCUCAUAGACGGCGAUAUGGUUAAUCUGGACGUCACCGUGUUUAAGGACGGGUUCCAUGGGGACAAUUCGGCCAUGUUUGCUGUUGGACAGGUGGACCAGGCGGGGGAGAAGCUGAUGCGGGUAACCAGGGAGGCGCUAGCUUUGGCCAUUGAGCUGUGCGGGCCUGGCGUGCCCCUGCGGUGCAUCGGCGACGCCAUUGCGACGUGUGCUGUGGAGGCUGGGCUCGGCGUUUCCGAGGAACUGACCGGCCACGGCGUCGGCCGCUGCUUCCACCAGAACCCGCUGGUCUACCACCACUUCAACGAGGAGCCCGGUGUCAUGCUGCCCGGAAUGGCAUUCACCGUGGAGCCGAUUUUGUGCCAGGGCUCGGCACGCGGCGUCAUGUGGCCGGAUGGCUGGACGGUCGCCACCGAGGACGGCGGCCGGUCGGCGCAGUAUGAGCACACGCUGCUGAUCACGCAGGACGGCGUCGAGGUGAUGACGGCGCCGAGGUGAUGACGGCGCCGAGGCGAUGCCAGUGUCGAGGCGAUGCCAACAAGGGAAUGAUUCUGAAGAAGAAUCCCUUCUUUUUUGUGUUCUUUUUGUUCCUUUGUGCAUUUUGUGAUGUUUUGGAUGCAGAAUCCCAAGGGGAGGGGGCUUUUCUUGUCAAUGAAUGCUGAUUUUUCAAAGCCUGUCUUUUUUUUCUUUCCACUUGUUUC